GUGUAGGUGUGUGUGUGUAGUGAGGACUCCGGAGCGCAGAGAGCGGAGCGGACUCGCUCUUCCUUCCUCCCUUUUACGCGGAUUUACUCUUAACGAAACAAUAAUCGACUUCGACGAGGGGCUUUAGUCGCGAUUAUUCGACUGGGGAUCCACUUUUUGGGGCCGUUUUGCGGCGAUCUUUGGUGCUGUCGACGCGGAUCGUGUGUCCGUAGACGCGGCGCGCUGCCCUGCUCCUUAUCUGGACUACAAGAAGCCUGCGGACCCUGCGCGCGCCUCGGUUGGAUAAUCGGAGGGCCUUUUUCCCCUUUUUUGGUUGUUUGUAAGGGUUUUGCACGGAUACCUCCUUCUGUAUUGAUCUGUACCGACAGCUAUGUGAUUGGACCCCCCUUGCCAGCUCUCUCCAGUCUGCCUCCACCCACAUGAGCGAGUCUCCGUGCGGAUCCAUAGCCAUCUCCCGGAGAGAGAGCCCCCCAAGCCGAGAGGAAAGCCCCCUCGCCGGCUCUGUGCCACACAGUGCCCGGCCUUCUGUCCCCGCGCCCCCGCCUCCCUCUGAUCCCGCGCGUCAGGGGCACAGGCUGCCCGUCCGGAUCCUCGCCAUGCUGAGCGCGCACACGAGCCAUGUGCUGCACCCGGACUACCUGCAGCCCGUCACCAUCGAGCUGGAUGCUAAAAAGAGCCCGCUAGCCCUUCUGGCUCAAACCUGCUCUCAGAUCGGCAAGCCGGACCCUCCUCCGUCCUCCAAGCUCAGUUCACUCUCUUCCGGCAGUCUUGGAGAGAAGGAUGGCCGGUCGUCUGGUUCAGGCCUCAAGUCUGGAGAGCAGCACCAAGGCCUGGAGGACAAGUCCAGCUUCAAGCCUUACUCCAAAAGCAACUCGGAAGGAUGUAGGAAGGACGGAACUGGGAUCAAUGGUACCUCCGACAAAUCCGGGUACAGGGUGAAUUCGUCUUCUUCCACGUGCCCCGCGUUCCCUCCUCAUGCUACGUCCCCAAGGACUGGCUCGCCAUCGCAACAUGCAUCGGGACAAACACACACACACCGACAGACGCAGUCUCCACCCCCACAGAAAGCGUCCCAAUCCCAAGUUAUUCAUGUGGACUCCAAAGACUCUACAGACUGCAGCAGCAACAGCAGUAGUAGCAGCAUUAACAUUAGCAACACCAGUGAUCGUGGUGGCAAAAAAGACUCUGAGCACAGCAAAGCGAGUCUCGACAAUGCUCAGCUAGCUAACUCCAGCCAUGUGCGUGCUAGUGCUAACUCUAGCAGUGGCAGUUCCUCCAGCAGUCCUCAUCCUUCAGAGAGCAAGGCUGAAUCCCAGCCGUCCUUGUCUGCAGGCCACAUUGCUCCAGUAUCCCCAUUCAAACCAGGCCACUCUGUCUUUCCCCUGCCUCCUUCCACUAUGGGCUACCAUGGUUCCAUCGUUGGCGCUUAUGCAGGGUACCCAUCCCAGUUUGUCUCUGGCUUGGACCCUGCCAAGUCCAGUCUUGCUGGGAUGGGUGUCCCUGGGAAGCAUCCCAGCUCCAGUCCACUCACAGGAGCUUCUCCACCCUCUUUCAUGCAAAGCUUGUGCCGAGACCCAUACUGUCUCACCUACCCCAAUGCACCCCACCUUGGUGGGGGCAGUAAUUGCACCUCCUGUGUCCAUGACCCUUCUUCUUCCUCUCUAAAGUCAGGCUUUCCACUUAUGUACCCUUCCCCACACCUCCACAGCCUCCAUUCAUGCUCUCUAUCCUCCGCAGCCUCUGGAUCCCUUUCACAUCCACUUUAUCCCUAUGGAUUCAUGUUGCCUAGCGAUACUCUGUCUCAUGCCUGCAACUGGGUGUCCGUAGCUGGGCCUUGCGACAAGCGCUUCGCAACUUCUGAGGAACUUCUGGCCCAUUUACGCACACAUACCGCCCUCCCUGGAGUGGACGGCAAGCUUCUGUCUGCAUAUCCUUCUUCCAUGUCCUCCGUAUCAUCCUGCCACCUCCAUUUGCCCCCUCCUAGCAGCCCAGGAGCGCUUCCAAGCUCCUUUUCCCUCAGGGGGUCACCAGGCCUUGGCCUGGCUCGGUAUCAUCCCUAUAGUAAAGCCCAUCUGCCUGGAGCUCCAUCACUCCCUAUGCACUCCCUCCCUGCCACAGCACCCUACUAUUCACCUUACGCCCUCUAUGGGCAGAGACUGGGAUCAGCAUCUGCUUUGGGAUAUCCUUGAUAGAUGAAGAUGAAGAGAAGGCCAAGGGAAGAGCGCAAGACGAGGGCAAGACGCCCUCAAAAACGCUUCAAGCCAAAACGCGAAGUGGGGUAGUAUAGCUUUGGCCUGGAGGAGUCACUUUUCUCACUCGCUGUGAGGGGACGUGCCAGAACAUUCUCUGCUGUCAGUGAAAAAAUAUGAAAGGACCUGUUGAGAAUGGAGACAACCUUGAGGAAAUGGAGAGAACAGAGAUUCCUAAGAAUGGGGAACUGAUUACUUUGUUUUAAUAUUAUUUGAUGAUCAAAGUUUUAUUUCAGUCUAUUAAAAAAUCAAAAGGUAUAUUUAUUUUUCUCUUAGCGCUUGGCUUUCUACACGGGAAACAUUUACCCUCCAAAUGCUUUCGCAGUCACAUUUUCAAAGUGACACAUACGUUUUUUUAUAACAAUACGGCUCUGCUCAAACAGACGUUCGGCAUAUUUAUCUUUCAGUCAUCACUCGUUUUCUUUUCUUUUUCCUUUUUCUAUGUCACUUUUCCUUUUGUGUGUCAGGUCUUUUGCUUCUUGGCUCUUUCUCGGGUGUCUCCAGCGAGCACGACUUGACUGACAGCCAGUUUGUUCUUGAAAAUUUGCCAUUUUUUGUACAUUGUACAGUUCAAAGAAUAAAACAAACAGACAAAUGUGAUAUAUUUUCUAUUGUGACUUUCUGCAAGCUGGGGAGAGCUUAUUGAAGGAUUUUAGGGGAUGGGAAAUGAAUACAAUAAGAGUAAUAUGUAGAGAUGGCGGUGCUGUCCAUUUAACAGAAUGUCUUAUUUUGUGUAAUAAAUGAUACUUGGUUACAUUCAUA